AUGUGGGUUAUGGUCGGUGUGGGCGGUGGGUUAGGGGAGGUUUCUAGGGACAUUUUUGUGCUGGCGGGACAGAGUAACAUGGCCGGACGAGGUGGCGUGGUUGGGGGGAAAUGGGACGGAAAAGUGCCGGCGGAGUGCGGGCCAAGCCCAUGGGUUUGGCGGCUGAGUGCGGGGCUGGAGUGGGAGGAGGCCCGUGAGCCUCUGCAUGCGGACAUCGAUGUGAAGAAGACGUGUGGGGUUGGGCCCGGGAUGGCGUUUGCGAACGAGGUUUUGAGAAGUCGGGGCGGUGGUAAUGGGCUUGUGGGCCUGGUGCCUUGUGCGGUGGGUGGGACGACGAUUGGAGAGUGGAGUCGCGGGUCGCGGUUGUACGAAGAGUUGGUGCGACGUGUGAAGCAUGCGAUGCGUGGUGGCAUGAUCCGCGGCGUGCUUUGGUAUCAAGGAGAGAGUGACACGGUGAGAGAGAAAGAUGCGGAUGGAUAUAAGGAUAAGAUGGAGAGGUUUAUUAUGGACCUUCGAUUCGAUCUUCACCUUCCCUCUCUCCUCUUUAUCCAGGUAGCAGUUGCAUCAGGGGAAGGAAAGUUGAUAGAGAAGGUGAGGCAUGGUCAAAUGGGAAUGACAAUGGGAAAUGUGAAGUGUGUGGAUGCAAAGGGACUGCCUCUAAAGGCAGAUAAACUUCACCUUACCACCAUGGCUCAAGUUCAUUUGGGCAUUAGGUUGGCACAAGCCUAUCUUCAUUCCACCACCCACCAUUACCAAUUUAAUACCAACAUUAAUCAUACACAAUUUUAG